AUGAGUACUUCAUACGCAUCAUAUGGCGCCAAAGGUGGCGACAGUGACGGCGGUUUCGUCUAUGGCGGCUCCCAGCCAGGCAGCCAAGGAGCACAAGGCGGUCAGAAGAACUACUCCGAGGACUCCCUCCGCCCCGUAACGAUCAAACAGCUCUACGAACCCGAGGAGACAUACCCAGGCGCAAACGACUUCUCCCUGGACGGUCACCCGGUCACGCAGGUGACCUUCGUGGGGCAGGUGCGCCAGGUGAGCCCGCAGUCGACCAACAUAACCUACCGCAUCGACGACGGCACGGGGACCAUCGAGGUCAAGAAGUGGGUCGACGCCGACAAGCCCGAGGAGCUCGAGCCCAAGUACCAGGUCGACCAGUACGUCCGCGUCUGGGGCCGGCUCAAGCCCUUCGGCAACAAGCGCCACAUCGGUGCCCACUUCCUCCGCGCCGUCGACGACCCCGACGAGAUCCACUACCACCUGCUCGAGGCCACCUACGUCCACCUCUACAUGACCAAGGGCGACCUGAGCGCCGGCGGCGCCGCCGCCAACGGCGACGGCAACGCUGGCAACGGCGACAGCAUGUUUGUCGACUCCUACGGCGCCAACGGCGGUGACGAGAACGCCGCGAAGCUCGGCGCCUGCGGUCCCGCUGCCAAGAAGAUGUACAAGUUCCUCACCGAGACGCCUGGCAGCAAUGAAGGCGUGCACCUGAACCUCAUCACGAGCGGCGUGGGCAUGACGGGCCGUGAGGUCUUUGCCGCGGCGGACGAACUACUGGGGCAGGGGCUUAUAUACACAACAGUCGACGACGAGACGUGGGCAGUACUCGACUACUGA